AUGUCACAAUCGAAGGAACUUGGGACGCUAAUCGUAGUCAUCCUCAAGGCUCGUCAUCUGCACCAACCUUCUUUCUACAAGCAAGAUCCAUAUGCGCAAGCAUCUCUUUCUGGCCAGACUCAACGGACCAAGCCAGAGCCCAAGGGCGGGCAGCAUCCUGUGUGGGAUGAAGAAUUCCGCUUUCCUGUUCUUGUAGAUCCUGGUAAGGACAGUGUCAACAGAAAGCUGGAAGUGUCUUGCUGGAAGGAUGAGCCUCGAUCUGAGGAUAAGCUCUUAGGUAAAGGGAUUGUCGACAUCGAAUCGACUUUGAAAACGGGCGAAUUCGAUGACUGGGUUCCUCUCGAAACCUCAGGCGGAGCGAGAGGCGAGUUAUACCUUGAGAUGACAUUCUAUGCAAAUGGUCCUCCCCCUCUUAAUCGUCGUCCAUCGAAAAUCAAACAAUCAGAUCGUCUUACACGACCGCAGUCAUAUAAUCCUAGGUCAGCUCAAUGCCUCAUCACAAUAUCCUUCUCCCCCCGACCGACAGUCCCCGAAGCUCAAAACUGA